ACUGCCCCUCCGUAGGGACCACCCCGCGGUCAUCAAGCGGCGCUUCACCAGCGUCCUGGUGGUGUCCAGCCUCUCGCCGCUGUGCGUGCUGCUCUGGAGGGAACUCACGGGCAUCCAGCCAGGCACAUCCCUGCUCACCCUGAUGGGCGUCAGGCUGGAGGGCAUUUUCCCGGCAGCGCUGCUGCCCCUGCUGCUGACCAUGAUCCUUUUCCUGGGCCCACUGAUGCAGCUCUCUCUGGAUCGCCCCUGCGACCUGGCUGACGGGCUGAAGGUUGCCCUGGCGCCCCGCUCCUGGGCCCGCUGCCUCACAGACAUGCGCUGGCUGCGGAACCAAGUGAUCGCCCCCCUGACGGAGGAGCUGGUGUUCCGGGCCUGCAUGCUGCCCAUGUUGGCCCCGUGCACGGGCCUGGGCCCCGCCGUGUUCACCUGCCCGCUCUUCUUCGGCGUCGCGCAUUUCCACCACAUCAUCGAGCAGCUGCGCUUCCGCCAGAGCAGCGUGGGCAGUAUCGUCUUGUCUGCAGCGUUCCAGUUCUCCUACACCGCUGUCUUCGGGGCCUACACCGCCUUCCUCUUCAUCCGCACAGGGCACCUGAUUGGACCUGUUCUCUGUCACUCCUUCUGCAAUUACAUGGGCUUUCCCGCCGUGUGCGCGGCCCUGGAGCACCCGCAGCGGCGCCCCCUACUGGCCGGCUACGCGCUGGGCGUGGGACUCUUCCUGCUUCUGCUGCAGCCCCUCACGGACCCCAAGCUCUACGGCAGCCUUCCCCUGUGUGUGCUCUUGGAGCGGGCGGGGGACUCAGAGGCCCCCCUGUGCUCCUGACGCACGCUGCUGCUCAGAACCCCCCCGGACUCGAACGGCCCCCAGCCCCGCAAAGGGGCCCUG